AUGCAUAGCGCUACUUUCACACCAGCAAGGGAUGUGGUCAUGUUCGGUGGUUGUUAUGCGAGCGACAAGCACGGAGGUAUAUGCCCUAGCCGUGAUACCUGGUUGCUCGAAUACGAUCCAGAGAAAACGUCAGACAUCGACACAGCCGAUGUGGAAACAUCAGCAGAAUCGAUUCCCGAGUUUAUGCCUGAAACAGAUGCCGUCCGAUGGCAGAAAUUGCCACGAGGUCCUCCUCCACGCGUCGGAGCGGCUAUGGCGCAGGGACUCAACUCAUUUGAAGAUGCGUAUAGUGGUCAACGCGAUAUUGCCAUUCUGUAUAGUGGAUCUCAGCGAACUGAUGACCUCCCGUCCGACCAGGUUAUGACAAUGCCUCAUUUUGACGGUGGAGUUGUGGAUAUUGUGUCGACGACAUCACGGGCAUGGCUGCAUGAGCGCGUGCACUACGUCGGCCCGGAAAAGCAGCGACAAAAAACUCUGGAUCGACGGAAAGGGGCGACUUUGAAUGCAGUUCGGGAUGUGACAUCCGAAGAAACAGACAUUGAUCAGCCAAGUGAAUACUACCUAGUGUUUGGAGGAGAAUUUGAGGACGGAUCCUUCACGAACGCGCUCCUGAAACUCUCAUUUGAUGCGUUUGUUGAAUCAGAACUGAUUGAGGAUGAGACUCCGUACACGACGCGUCCUAUGAUCCACGGAAUUCUAAUGUUUCUCAGUUGGGGUAUACUGAUGGUUAUUGGAACAUUCUCAUCUCGAUUUGCAAAGGACAAAGAGGGAAAGUCUCGUUUUUUUGUCGUACACGUCUUCGUUCAGUUGGUUGCACUUGUCCUGGCGUGGGCAGGAGCCGGCAUCGCAAUUUAUGGGCGCCGGCGAUCCAACUCAUCUUUUGCUCAUGGCAAAAUUGGUUUGGUAGCGCUCUUCUUGGCUUCAUUUCAACCAAUUAUGGCAGUCAUUGGAAUUUUGCUGCGUCUCCGCAAUGCUUCGUCUGAGAUUGAGAAUAGAGCAAAGCUUAGUGAACGUCUGUUUCCGAGAAUUUGCUUAUUUUAUCACCGCACUGUGGGAAUGGCAAUUAUUGUGCUUGCCGCAGUGAACGUCACACUAGGAUUGUUUCUCAUUGUUGCACCAGCAACGUUGUGGAUACAGUGGAUUGUGUACGCAUGUCUUGUAUUUAUUGCUGGUUUGAUUCUCGAAGUAAUCGGAGGGCGACGCGCAGGCCCUGACCAUAUGCAUGCAAAAGUCCCUUCGGUGAACCAGGGAGGAAUUAGCGGUGGUAGUUCAUAUCCGUCGUGUGUAGUACAAUCGCUUAAGGGGGAAAGCACUGCGGACAUGCUGCGGAGAAGUACAUCUAGCUUUGGGAAUAGGAACAAACCAGCAGCGGAUGAGAUUCCGGCAGAGAAUGUAAGCAAGGGUGAGGAAACGCCAUGGAAUGGAUCGCAGGUCGGAGCAAGUUUUUCGAGUUAUUCUGCCCAAGAAAAAGGUACAGAGCACAUGGAAGAUGCACUCGAACAACAACUGACCGAGUUGGGGGUUCAUUUUCGAAACACUGGAGCCAGUCAGUUUUCUAUGCGGGAACGACUUGAUUCGGGAACGUCCUUGAUGUCUGUGUACCAAGACCCCGAUUCGUAUUAAACCCACGACUGCAACUUUUCAAAUCGAUUAGGUUGCUGAGACAAUGUGUAAAUGAAACAGCUUACGUACAC